AUGACCAUGGAUCUGUCUGUUGCUGACACUGUCAAGGCUUUCUACGAUGCGACGGAUGCUCUUAUGGACAUCACUUUUAAUGCGGUUGAUCCUGCGCUGAGAGUGGAUGCAUUUAGUUUUAUUCUCAAGGCUGCAAAGCAAGUUCAGCAGGUUAAGCUGAUGGCUGCUUCAGUAAUUCCCAAAUAUGUGUCUAGCUUUCCUUCCAUGGUUGAGGAAGCCUUCAAUACACAGUUGGAUUUGUGCGAGGAUGAAGAUAUUCAGAUCAGAAAAGAGUCCAUCAAGAAUCUGUGGGGGUUUUGUAAAGAAACUGAGCAGUUUGCAUCAAGUGUCACUGAUGCGCUUUGCCAAUUAUUACAAGCAGAACAGGAAGACGAGCUAGUCAUUAUUCGACAAACUUUAAAAAUGAUAUUGGUUCAGCAUCCAAAUGUUGCAUUUGAAGCGGUCAUGUCCCAACUUUUAAACGGUGUGCCAAUUGUUCGAACAGAACUUCUCCAAUUUCUUGUAGCAUAUGUUGGCACCUUGACUCUUGCCGUUGAGCUCAAAUCGAAAUUUGUCACCGUUUUAAUCAAGUUGGCCAGUAUGCAAUCUGUCGAGCCCGUCGAUACAAAAAACGCAUUUAUGCUUCUUAGACUAAUGAAUGCAUUUGACACGCCGAAACAUCAGACAGAGAUUCUGACCAUGUUUGAUGACCAACUUGGGCAGCAACUCCCUUUUAGCGCAAAGCUGAUUCCUAAGCUUAUUUCACACGCCAAUCGCAACCUCGCAAUAUAUAAUAAUGGUGGAUCAAGUCAUUCUCUGCUACACAUUAUUUUUACAGGACUUGUUCAAAAUGGAAAAUUCAUAGAUCUUGAGCCUAAACAACAGCUUAAUUUAUUCAAACUAGUUGCAGACCUAAUUCCUUUUGUACGUUCUGUAGAUUUUUUCAAAUCUACAUUUGAAAUUGUAGUUCAAGCCAUUAAUUAUUUAAUUACGGAUGACAUGGUGACGAUUGGACAGUCCAAGAUUGAUUUAAUGAGAUGCGAGCCAAUAGUAUACGUAUUGUAUACAUGUGAUCGACAAAGUGGACAUGCUCCAAUUACGUCUGAAAAACUUCUUGCUCGCCUUCGUGCCUUGUACAUUGAAACCCAGGCAGCCAAGAAUGCUAUUGCAUCACAACUCAGUGCAUACAAAGCUCCACACGGAGAUCCUGCCAACAUGACCAAACCAGAUCGCGAGCUUUUUGAAACUACGAUGCGUUUGAGUCGGUCACUUCGAUGCAUUAGCAACAUUUAUUUGAUGAUCAUGGAAUUGCUUAAACCUGCUCAUGCACGUAAGCUUGUAGAUUUAAAUCUAUCGUGGAACUUGGCAAAAUCAUCCACUACUCAAAACACUGCAGCUAAACUGGAGCCUGUUGAUAAGCCUACGAGUGCGAUUGAAAAAAAUAACAAAAAACGACAAAAAAAUACUUUGAAUGGAGCAAGAGGUAUAAAUACUCCAGCAACUACGUCAGCUACUAUUCUCCACAAAAAACUAAGUACGGCCGCGCUACAUCAUAAAUCUAAUAGCAAGCCAGUUUCUAAGCGACACGGGUUGAAGUCAGGCACCAUUCAACGAUCCGAUCACCAAUCUUCCUUGUCAUCUCAGUCUAGACAGAUAAAAUUAAUGCCAAUGCAGCAACAGGGUGUGAUUCAGUCUGCUGCCACGUCCAAAUAUGCUUCUUUGCAAACAAAGGGGUUUGAAAAAACACAAGUAGGUUCACAAGUGAUUGACACAGGAAACACUUUUAAAUCUGGUCAGCGGCAUCGGGGUCGACUGCAACGCAAUCAAGUGCGAAAGUCUAUAAUGACCAAUGUUGAUAUAAACAAGCCUGUUGAAAGUACGAGUCGUGGUGGUGCGCAACAUGAUCAUGUGCAGAUUGUUCAGCAGGGUCAUAGGCAGAUUAGGCUUAACGCAAACGUAUCCGAGAUCAAAGCACAAAAAAUGAGUUUAAUUGACAACAUCAAAACAAUUGAAUUCAAUAUUUGGAUUGAAACGGACGAGUCUGGUGGUCGUACCAAGAAAUGCAGAUUUAAAAAAAUUUGA